AUCAAAUUAUUGCAAAGGCUAGUUGGUGUACAGUUACUCCAUAUAAAUGAUAGCAUCCUUCUGCUGUUUGCACGCAAGCCCGGCCACUUUGUUUGUAGCCUCUCCAGUUCUUUCUUUGUUGCAGCUGGUGCAACUUUAUCCCACAUUAAUUUGCAGCCAUGCCUCCUUCCCCUGCUUUGCAAGCAAUUUCUGAAUCUGUUGUUCAAAGUUUCAGACGUUGUUCUGCAUUGAUUUCCAGACUAAAGUUUGCAGCUAUGCCUUCUCCUGGUUUGCUAACAAAUUCUGAUUCUAUCCAGAGUCAUGAUGCAGAUCAUGAAAAAUAUGCUGAUGUGAACUGGGAUGAACUUGAAUUUGGAUUAGUUCCAACUGAUUACAUGUACACCAUGAAGUGUUCCAAAGGAGAUGAGUUUUCACAAGGCCAUCUAACUCCCUAUGGAAACAUUGAGCUCAGCCCAUCUGCUGGAGUUUUGAAUUAUGGACAGGGCUUAUUCGAAGGCCUUAAGGCGAACAGGACAGAAGAUGGUCGGUUUCUGCUGUUUCGGCCUGAAGAGAAUGCUCUAAGAAUGAAGAUGGGUGCAGAGAGAAUGUGCAUGCCAUCUCCAUCUCCUUGGCAAUUCCUUGAUGCUGUAAAGCAAACAGUCCUUGCCAAUAAGCGUUGGGUACCCCCUACAGGGAAAGGAACACUCUAUCUUAGGCCGUUGCUCAUUGGAAGUGGAUCUGUUCUUGGCGUGGGGCCAGCGCCAGAAUACACAUUCCUAAUAUUUGCUUCUCCUGUAGGUAGUUAUCACAAGGGCCUGGCAGCACUCAACUUGUACGUUGAGGAUAAACUCCAUCGAGCUACUCCCGGUGGAACUGGAGGUGUCAAAUCCAUCACCAACUACUCACCUGUAUACCUAGCACAGAAGCAAGCAAGGGCCAAAGGGUUCUCUGAUGUCUUGUUCGUGGAUUCUUUAACCGGAAAAAACAUUGAGGAGAUUACAGCAUGUAAUAUUUUCAUUCUGAAGGGUAAUAUUAUUUCAACUCCAACAAUACAUGGAACUGUUCUGCCCGGAAUUACUCGUAAAAGCAUCAUCGACAUUGCCCGUGAUUUUGGCUACCAGGUGGAGGAACGUGUUAUCCCAGUGGAGGAUUUGCUUGAAGCUGACGAAGCUUUCUGCACAGGAACUGCUGUGGUUGUGACCCCAAUUGGUGCUGUAACUUAUCAAGAUAAAAGGGUUGAAUACAAGACAGGAAAAGGAGCACUAUCUCAGAAACUGUAUGAAACGAUAACCGGAAUUCAAACAGGGCGUCUGGAAGACAAGAAGGGAUGGACCAUGGAGAUCAAUUGAGCCCCUCCUUGUGCCAAAUCCUACAAGUUUGCUCUCUUUUUUUAUUUUCUUCAGUUAAUUAGAUAGUAGUGUGUCAUUUUUUAGGGCUUUGCUCAUUGUUGUGGUAAUUCCAUCUUCCUUGGCCUCAAAACCCACGGAGGCAAACAAAGAUGUUCUAAUUAAGAUGACUUAGAUGGUUAGGUUUCUAUGAGUUUUGAGAGACAAAUAUUUGUUUUGGCCUGUGCUCUUAUUCGAACGAAUAUCUGCAGAGUAGAGCUAUUUGAGGGAAAACACCACGGUUCAGAAUUCAGAU